AUGGAAGAGGCCAGGCUCAGAGACUGGACCGAUGGAUACUGGAGCGAUGGAGACUGGACCGAUGGAGACUGGAGCGAUGGAGACUGGAGCGAUGGAGACUGGACCGAUGGAGACUGGACCGAUGGAGACUGGACCGAUGGAGACUGGAGCGAUGGAGACUGGAGCGAUGGAGACUGGACCGAUGGAGACUGGACCGAUGGAUACUGGAGCGAUGGAGACUGGACCGAUGGAGACUGGACCGAUGGAGACUGGACCGAUGGAGACUGGAGCGAUGGAGACUGGAGCGAUGGAGACUGGACCGAUGGAGACUGGACCGAUGGAGACUGGACCGAUGGAGACUGGACCGAUGGAGACUGGACCGAUGGAGACUGGACCGAUGGAGACUGGACCGAUGGAGACUGGACCGAUGGAGACUGGACCGAUGGAGACUGGACCGAUGGAGACUGGACCGAUGGAUACUGGAGCGAUGGAGACUGGACCGAUGGAGACUGGAGCGAUGGAGACUGGACCGAUGGAGACUGGACCGAUGGAGACUGGACCGAUGGAGACUGGAGCGAUGGAGACUGGACCGAUGGAGACUGGACCGAUGGAGACUGGACCGAUGGAGACUGGACCGAUGGAGACUGGACCGAUGGAGACUGGACCGAUGGAUACUGGAGCGAUGGAGACUGGACCGAUGGAGACUGGACCGAUGGAGACUGGACCGAUGGAGACUGGAGCGAUGGAGACUGGAGCGAUGGAGACUGGAGCGAUGGAGACUGGAGCGAUGGAGACUGGAGCGAUGGAGACUGGAGCGAUGGAGACUGGACCGAUGGAGACUGGACCGAUGGAGACUGGACCGAUGGAGACUGGACCGAUGGAGACUGGACCGAUGGAGACUGGAGCGAUGGAGACUGGAGCGAUGGAGACUGGAGCGAUGGAGACUGGACCGAUGGAGACUGGACCGAUGGAGACUGGAGCGAUGGAGACUGGACCGAUGGAGACUGGACCGAUGGAGACUGGACCGAUGGAGACUGGAGCGAUGGAGACUGGACCGAUAGAGACUGGAGUAAUCACGAGAGAUUCAGUGAGACUUCCCGAGAUCAGACAGAAAUGAGAUCUCAGAGUGUGGCAUCAGCCGCUCUCCCUACACAGACACCCUAA